CAGAGCGGACGUCCCCAGUGAGGGACGGGUGUCAGGUCAGGUCAGGUCAGGUCGGUCCCACUCGGGACGGCGCUAUGGUGGCGGAACAGUCGGAUGAGGCCGAGGCCAGUCCGACGCGAUCAGUGGUCACUUCGCUCGUGUACGUUUCGCUGCUGCUGGACAACGUCCUCUUAUCGGCCGUCGUGCCGAUGAUGCCGGCGUUCCUGUCGGAGCUGAGCGGCGCGCCUCCGAGCGUCGCCGACAGCGCCGACGCGGCGCACACGGCGCAGACGCUCCUCUUCACCCACCUCUUCAGCAACCUGUCCAGCAGCGGCGACGGGCGCACCAUGCUGCGCAGCCGCACCUCCGUGCUGCCCGGCUACUUCCCGCCGGACCGGGACGCGCUCUCCGAGCCGAACGCCUCGGUAGCGACCGCGGCGCUCACCGUCCCGGCUCGUCCCCCGACCGCGCUCGCUGCCCCGGCCGGGCCGGACCCGGGGCUGCCGCCGGUCACCCCGACCGCUCCGGACGGGAACGGGGAGCUGGCCGGGGAGCUGGCGCGCCGGCAGGACGGCCGCAUCGGCGUGCUGCUCUCCUCCAAGGCGUUCGUGCAGCUGCUGGCCAACGGCGUGGUGGGCGCCGCCGUGGCCCGGGUCGGCUUUCGUCUGCCGCUGGUGUUCGGAGUGGCCGUGCUGGCGCUCUCGGCCUUCUUGUUCGCCGUGGCCUCGGGCGUUUCGGCCCUGUUUCUGGCGCGCGCUAUUCAGGGCGUGGGAUCCUCCUGCAUCGCCGUGUCAGCGCUCCACGACCGCCACUUUCAAAUUGUCCCGAACGACUGGCCGACACAAAUCAGAAUGAGCGAUCUGCCCUCCCCCCGGUCGCCGGCUCCCACCCCCACCCUGCCGAUAGGCCUCUCGGCCGUGGCCGACCUGUACCCGAACGAGCGCGAGCGGUCGCGGGUGAUGGGCCGCGUGCUGGGCGCCAUGGCUGUCGGCGUGCUCAUCGGCUACCCGUUCGGAGGGCUCAGCUACGACCUGAUGGGCAAGGCGCCGCCCUUCUGGCUCCUGACGCUCGUACUCAUCGGAUUGCUAGUGAUCCAGUACCGCCAGCUGCGCCCGCUGCCGGUCACCGAGCUGCCCGAGGAGGAGGAGGGCGAGCAGGAGGGCUCGUCGCCGGCCUGGUGGAGGCUGCUGCUGGACCGGCGCGUCUGCAUCGUCACCGCCGCCGUGGGCAUCUCCACCUCCGUGAUGGCCAUCCUGGAGCCCACGCUGCCGGCCUGGCUGAUGCGCACCAUACACCCGCAGAAGUGGCAGCUCGGCUCGGUGUUCAUCCCCGACAGCCUGGGCUACCUGAUCGGCACCCACGGCUUCGGCGUGAUCGCGCUGCGCCUGGGCCGCUGGCGGACGGCCGCCGCCGCCAUGAUGACGGUCGGCACCGCCGCCAUGCUGCUGCCGCAGUCGACCCGGAUGGUGCACCUGAUCCUGCCGCACUUCUGCAUCGGGCUCGGCAUCGGCAUCGUGGACGCGUCUCUGAUGCCGCUGCUGGCGCGGCUGGUGGAGCGGCACGGCCUGCUGGACGGCUACGGCGCCGUCUACGCCCUCUCCCAGACGGCCGUCUGCCUCGCCUACUCCGUGGGUCCGUUUGUCGGCGGCUACCUGGCCAGCAGCGUCGGGUUCGGCUGGCUGCUGGCGAUCCUGGGCCUGCUGAACCUGCUGUUCACACCGUGGCUGGUGCUGCUGCGCGAGCUGCCGGCGCCGCUCCACUCUGACCAGGAGCGGGACUGUGCGACUCGACCACUCACCGGCCGGGGGAGACGCGCACCGCACAUCGCUGACCUGGACGGACUCAGCUUCAGCUACACGCAGAUGUCGGAGGGUUGAACUUCAGCUUCAGCUACACUCAGAUGUCGGAGGGAUUGCUACACCCAGAUGUCAAAGAGAUGAGGCAGCAACGCUACAUCCGAAUUUCAGAGGGAUAAGCGCUGGUUACAACUAUGUACAUCAGAUCUCAGAGGGGUGAGAGACAGCACCGGGGCUAGUUUACCUAUGUCGAUCAAGUGAUUCAAACGAAGGCUUCUCAGUCAAGGAAGUAUAUCAAAGAUUCAAGUCAAUAGCAGAAAGAAGAAAAUAUGAAACGAGAGCAUAUAUGUGCACUGUGCAGUCCCUAAUUGUUAUUUGUUAUACCUACCAAAUCGCAUGUGAGCAUCGGAGCGGGUCGAACAGUGACCAAACUCCGAUGCAGGACCCAUGUGCGAGUAGGUGUUGUGUGUUUUUGUGCUUGGUUGCUGAAGUGUGUUUCAUAAUGAAACUCCUUUUGGAAUCUUUAUCUAUAUCAGCGCCUAGCAGUGCGUAAAAAUGGGCGGGUGCUAUUUAGCCAUGGGUGUGUGGAAUGGAUGUAUUGUUCUUGAAGUGACGAUUUUUCGACUUCGGUUAUGCUUAUGUUGAAUGAUGAAAGAAAGCGCGGUUUUAAGGCUCAUGAUUAUAUAUAUAAAUGCAAUGAAAACCCUAAGCCUCAUGCUAAUAAUUGUAUUGAAAAUAGGGCCAAGAAAAUGAGACAACUGUUUCGUGCA